UUGGCCACUGCAGCUCCAAAUGCACAGCAACUGCCUUCCCAUCUGGAGGGAUUCACAUCUUCUCCGGCCUUCUCCAUUCUCAUUUGAUCGGAAGGAAAUUGCGAGUCCGACUGUUCCGAAACGGCAAGGAGUUGCCCUGGCUCCUGAACGACGACAAUUAUGACUUCAAUUUCCAGCAGGCCCGAGUGCUUCGGGAACCAGUCACUGUGUACCCUGGAGAUCAACUCACCUUGGAAUGCUAUUACAAUUCGUCAAAUCGGAAAUCGGUGACCGUGGGUGGUUUUGGAACCCAGGAGGAAAUGUGUCUGGCAUUCUUUCAGUAUUAUCCAGCUCAGAAAAUCGCCUCUUGCCUCAGCCUCCCCAAUUACGAGAAGCUCUUCACUCUGCUCCGCAUCUCCAAUGUCUGGCUCGACUCGAAAGAUGGCUACGAGUACAUGGUGUCAAACAACGGGAAGAACCAGACCUUGGUGGACUAUCUCGAUGAGCUGGAUUGGUCGCAUUUCGACAUCGAAGGCUUGCAACGUUUACUUCGUUACGAUCCUCACAACGAGUUAUGCAGCAACAAUGAUGGCGAUCUCAUCCUCCCGUGGAAUGCAACGACGACCUAUCCUGACGGAUUGAACCCCUGGAUGCCUCCCAAGCGAAAUUGUUCCAAUUGAAAUCCGUCAUUUGGCGCUUUCGGAAAGUCAGACUCUGGUCAGAUUCGUGUGAGGAAUGUGCUUCGACGAGCUCCGUUCCCCGUUUCCAUUGUAAAGUACAGAUGACUGU